GCCCCGCCUCCGGGAGCCGGCGCCCGCCCGCGCCCCAACGAGAGGAGCCGGGCCGCGCGCCCGGGGCCGCUCCCCGUCCUCCGCCCCGUCGGCCGCAGGGCGGGCAGCCAGGCCGGCGGUACCCGAGCCGAGCGGGAGGGUGCGAAAGAGCUCCGCGUCGCCUCGCGUCACCCCGCCCGCCUGCUUCCCAGAGACCCGCGCCCCGCCCCUACGCGCAGGCGCAGGACCGCUUUUCGGGUCCGCCCUUUUCCGAGAUUUGAAUUUCCCCCAGCGAAUAUAGAGAGGCGAGUACCCGGAUGGUGAUCGCUGGCCUUUUCGCGCCAACACUGUAAGUUCUCGCAGCAACCUUGAGAGAGGAAAGAGGCAGAACGCUCUUCCACUCCUGCCAGCCAGUCAGCAGGACCACUGCCUUUCUCUGGCCUGCGUCCACCACUCUGGGGCAAGGCCGCAGCAUCUGCGUCAGAAACCACAGGGACUUCUUCCUGCUGAAGAAGCUGGUUCAGCUGGGAGGCCAAGGCACAUUUAUCGGACUUCUGAACUGACAGUGGAGGCCGUCCCGAGUCAUACCUGGGGCUGCACAUGGAGCCUGAGUCCAGGCAGGCCCUUCUCCACGUGGCCGUGGCUGGCUGCUUCUGCACGGCCAUAGUCUACACGGGGGUGUUCGAUGGCGUCUUCGUCCAAGUGGGCUAUGAACACUAUGCCGAACCCCCCGUAGCCAGCCUCCCUGCCUUCCUGGCCAUGCCCUUCAAUUCACUCAUUAACUUGGCCUACGUCCUCCUGGGGGUGUACUGGCUACAGAGAAAUGGCAGGGCCCCAGGGCGCCCCAUGGAGGCGCUGAGGGCUCGUUACCUGAAGGAUGUCUUCGCCAGCAUGGCCCUGGUCUACGGCCCAGUUCAGUGGCUGCGGAUAGCGACGCAGACGCGCCCCGCUGCCGUGCUUGACCAGUGGCUCACCUUGCCCAUCUUUGCAUGGCCGGUAGCCUGGUGCCUCUCCCUAGACAGGGGUUGGGAGCCCUGGUUGUUCCUUGCCAUCGAGUGUCUCUCUCUGGGCAGCUACGGCCUCGCCCUGCUGCACCCCCGUGGGUUUGAGGUCGCGCUGGGCGCCCACAUUGCGGCCGCCUUGGGCCAGGCCCUGUGUGCUCACAGGCGCUAUGGCACUGCCUCCUCGGGCAUCUGCUUGGCUCUGGGCGCGCUCUCCUGCUUGGGCUUCGUGGUCCUCAAGCUGUGCGACCAUCAGCUCGCGCGGUGGCGUCUCUUCCAGCGGCUCACGGGCCACUUCUGGUCCAAAGUCUGUGAUGUGCUCCAGUUCCACUGUGCAUUCUUGUUUCUGACGAAUUUAAACACUUGCCAAAGACUUUCUCCUGAGGGGAAGGUACAUUAAAGUGUGGAGAGAAAAAA